AUGAGGAAAGAGACAAAAUUUGUGUUGAUAUCUUUUGGUGCAGGUGGUGGCUACUGUCAUACUGAAAUGUCAUGCAAAGAACGAUCAAUGAGCUCCUUGGGAUCAUCUAAACAUUGGCCCAGUACUAUGACAGGAGAUUCAUUAAUUUCUUCUGAUCCAGAAGAAAACAAAGAUUUUUACUCUUGGAAUCACGUAUUUAUACCGUAUUGUUGUGGUGAUCUGCACACUGGGCAGCGUAGAUCUCCAAAUGAAUGGGGAUUGUUUUUUGCUGGACACUUUACCAUAAAAACAGUCAUCUCGAACCUUCUCAACACUUCAAACCUUGAACAGGCAAAGGUAGUGAUGCUUUCAGGGGGAUCUGCAGGGGGCAUUGGAGCAUUUGAGCAUGCAGACUUCUUUUCUGAGAGCCUUCACUGGGCAGAAGUCAAAUCAGUGCCAAUUGGUGGUUAUUUUUUUCCAGACAAUAUGACUGAGUAUGCAUUGUGGCUCCAAAACAAAACUGAGCCACCCAGGAAUCGAUCACUUUAUGAUAUGUACCACAGUUUUACACAAGCUGAGUGUACUGCUGAGAACAGUGACAAUCCUCAAUUGUGUGGUCCUGCCAACAUUGGGUUUUUGUACUCAUACAUUAAGACACCGUUGUAUGUUGCUGAGAAUCAGUACGACUCCAACCAGAUAUUUGCUCAACUGGGAUGCCCCCAUAAGCUGGAAGCUGAUGUUGUUCGAUAUGUGAAGUACUACGGAAAUUUGAUGCGCAGUGCCCUUAGAGGUAUUAAGAACUCACCAAAGCACGAUGGUUUAUUUGGGCCUUCUUGUCUGGAUCACACAGGUAAUUUGGACAAGAUCUAUGACAGUCCAAAAGUGAAUAAUUGUUCAUUUGGGCAAUCUCUUGGAAACUGGUAUUUUAAUCGGUCUGGAACUUGUGACAAGCAGCUGAUGGAUGAUUGUGGCAACUUGCCUUGUAAUCACAGUCCUGGAUGCAAGACGACAUAAAGGACUUAAUUGUGACUAAUAAUGACAUUGUAAAAUGCAAGUGUGAUUGAUAUUUGGUGGGUUUUGGUAGCAUUCUUUUGCAUCUACUACAGUCACUUUCGAAAGAGAGGAUGAAAUUAAGUGUCUAGAUUUUCAAAACCGGUGAAAUUAACUUGUUAUGACAUGACAAGACAGCCUUGUGGUAUAGUAGUAAAACCAAAGUUUACAAUCACUUUCUGUAUCAGCGUGCAUUUGCUGUUAGUGCUGAAGUGGUGUUGCAUAUGUAACUCUUUCAUGUGAGGUGUUAUCUAUAUUGAAUAGGCUGCCUUUGUAAACUGGCAUUGAGUAUGUACAAGACUUGGGACAG